CGUAUCAUUCUGCAUAGACUUUUGCUUUUUACAAGCACUCCACACUCUCUUGAACAACACUCAUUUUUUAUAGUAAACAAACAAUGUUUAGCAAGGCUGUCAUUUCUUUCGCUCUUGCGGGCUCCGCGCUCGCCAACGUCUUCAUCACCUCCCCUGUUGCAAGUUCCACUUUUACUGCUGGUCAACAGGCGACUAUCAACUGGCAAGACGAUGGCCUAUCUCCGAACCUCACUUCUUUCGGUGCUUCUCUCGUUGGUAUCUACGCUGGUAACGCCAACCAACAGACAUUACUCCAAACCAUCAGCUCCAGCGUUGACGUGUCGACCACUUCGUCGAUUGUUUUCACCCCCGAUGGGACCAUUGGACCAGACAGCAAUGAAUAUUUUGUUCGCUUCACAUCAAUCAACCUGAAAGAUGCUACGAACUCUCAAUUCCCUGCGGAGGCCUUCUCUGCUAAAUUCACGAUGACUGGCAUGACCGGAACGUUCAACGCCACUGUACAAGCUGAGAUCAACGGGCAAUCAACAGCACCUAUUGGCGCACCUGCAACUUCAACUGCAACUGGAACUUCUAGUGCUUCUGGAUCUAUGAAAACCAUUUCCACGUCCUCCAUUGCCUCCAAUUCCGGCUCACAAUCAUCCACUUCAACUUCAGCCACUGCUACCAAGACUGGCGCCGCUGGCAAGGUUGGCAUCACUGGUAUUACAUGCUUCGUUGGUGCUGCUGCAUCUCUCCUUGGGGCAAUGCUUUUGUGAUUAUCUCAUUUUGAUUUGACUUCCUUCGAUCGAUAUUUUAUAGCGGAAUUUGGAUAUACCUGAACUCAUUUACUCUGAUGGGAUGCUGCUCUUAUAACAAGGUUCUGUGUCAAUAUAGCGUGGCAGUAGAAAUAUUGUU